AUGAAUGCUUUUCAGGUGAUAUCCAGGUUGAGAGACAAAUCUCUGUCAGCAAAACAGCUGUGUGAGGCCUGUUCACGAAGAGUGAGGAAAGUUUCAGAGCUGAAUGCAUUUGUAACAGAAACCACUGAAUCAGCUCAAGAUGCAGCAAGACUGGCUGAUGAAAGACUUCAAAAAGGCCAGCCGUUGAGUGUCUUGGAUGGAAUUCCUGUAGCUGUAAAAGAUAACUAUAGCACCACGGGUAUCCAGACAUCUUGUGGUUCUCGCAUGUUGAUGGGCUACAUACCUCCGUACAAUGCCACAAUGGUGCAGAAACUAUUAGACCAAGGAGCACUGCUCAUGGGCAAAACAAAUUUGGAUGAAUUUGCUAUGGGAUCUGGUAGUACAGAUUCUGUUUUUGGGCCGGUAAGAAACCCAUGGGGUUACAAAUUUUCCAAAUCUCAGACUGAUGGAAAGAAACCGAAUGACGAAUGUGACUGGCAUGUGACUGGUGGAAGUUCAGGAGGUAGUGCUGUUGCCGUGGCAACUGGCUCAUGUUUUGCUGCACUUGGGUCAGACACAGGUGGAUCUGCACGAUCCCCGGCAGCUUGGUGUGGCGUUGUGGGAUUAAAACCCACAUAUGGACUUCUUUCUCGGCACGGACUUAUCCCAUUGGUCAACUCCUUAGAUACCCCUGGUAUCAUAACCAAAACGACCGAUGAUGCUGCAAUUAUGCUGAAUGUUUUAUCUGGGCAUGAUAUCAUGGACUCUACAACUGUGACCGAGUCUCAUCCUCCUGUACAGUUGCCUGACAAAUGUUCAGUGAAGGGACUUUGUGUGGGCAUACCAAAGGAGUACCAUGCCCCUGGAUUAUCCGAGGAUGUAGUGAGGACUUGGCAGAGAGCAGCAGACCUGUUGGCUGAUCAUGGAGCUAAGGUUAUAGAGGUAUCGCUGCCUCACACGCAGUACUCCAUCGUCUGCUACCAGGUGCUGGGAGCUUGCGAAGUCGCCUCUAAUAUGGCAAGAUAUGAUGGAAUUGAAUAUGGUCUGAGGGCUGAUGUAGACGAAUCUACUGAAGCUCUGUAUGCUGCCUCCAGACACCAGGGCUUCAACGAUGUUGUCCGAGGACGAAUACUAUGUGGGAAUUACUUUUUACUGAAAAAAAAUUACGAGAAAUAUUUCUUGAGGGCCCAGAAGGUACGACAGUUGAUAUCCGAUGAUUUCAAAAGUGUUUUCCGCUCAGGAGUGGACGUGUUAUUAACCCCAACACUGCAAAGUUCUGCUCCUAAAUACAGCAGAUUUAUAAUGGAAGACAACCGAACACGAUCGGAGAACGAAGAUGUGUAUACUCAGUGUGUCAAUCUAGCAGGUUUACCUGCUAUAACGGUCCCAGCCGGGUUAUCAGACAACGGAAUGCCGAUUGGACUUCAGCUGAUCGGGAAAGCAUUUUCAGAACAGCAGUUGUUGAGUUCAGCAAAGUGGUUAGAGCAGCAGAUCGAUUUCCCAAGACUUAAUCUGGACUGUUUAUGACAUCAGAGGACUGUUAGUAAUUCAUAAAUCUCUAGAUUUCAGAUGCAAAUUAAGAGAUGAAGUUUUCUUUGCAAUGAGGACAUAUUGCUAGGACACCAUACAAUUGAAGUCAUAAGGAAC